AUGAGUAUUCACAACCCUCCUAGACUUGUGAUCUUGGCAGCAAUUGGCCUGCUGAGAGAUGAGCCCUCAGCCAUCUCCACUUUGGAGUACCUACCCAGAGAGCUCUACCCACCACUCUUCAUGGCUGCUGUCUUUGGCCGACGCAGGGAAACCCUGAAGGCCAUGGUGCCGGCCUGGCCCUUUGCCCGCCUGCCUCUGGGGGGCCUGAUGCAAAAGCCUCACCAAGGAACCUUACAAGCAGUGCUGGAUGGCCUUGAUGCCCUGCUUGCCCAGAAGGUUCACCCCAGGAGGUGCAAGCUGCGGGUGCUGGACUUAAGGAAUACUGGCCAGAACUUCUGGAACAUGUGGUCUGGAGUCAAGGACCACAUGCCCUCAAGCUCACUGCUGGCCCCAGUGGCUGAGGACAUGUCCAGGAUAAGGCACCCCUUGACUCCCUUAGAAGUGUACAUAGAACUUUGUCUUAUGAAAAAGCCCCUGGAGAAAUUCCUCACCUACCUCUUCAGGUGGGUGGAGCAGAGAAAAGCCUCCAUACACCUGUGCUGUAAGAAGAUGAAGAUUAUUUCAAUGUCCAAGGAAAAUAUGAAGAAAGUUCUCAGGAUGGUGAAGCUGGACUGUGUACAGAAGGUGAAACUGAGUUUCACCCAUAAGCUGUCCACCCUGGCCCAGUUUGCUCCUCUCCUGGGUCAGAUGAGCAAUGUUCAGAGUCUCAUUCUCUCCCGCAUUUGUGGGUCAGCUGUUGAGGAGCAGGACAAUCAGGAUCUUCUGCAAUUGACCUCUCAGAUCCUCCAGCUGCGGAACCUCCGGGAACUCCACAUGGAAGCUCCGUGCUUCCUUGAAGGCCAUCUGGACCAGAUGCUCAGGUGCUUGAAGACCCCUUUGGACAACAUCUCAAUCACCAACUGCCUGCUUACAGAAUCAGACCUGACCCAUCUGUCCUGGUGUCCAAAAAUCUGUCAGCUGAAGGGCCUGAAUCUUAGUGGUGUUACCCUGACCGACUUUAGUCCCGAGCUCCUUCAAGUUCUGCUCAAGAAAGUUGCAGGCACUCUGGAAGAGCUGGACUUAAACCUGUGUGGGAUCACAGAUGUCCACCUCACGGCCUUUCUGCCAGCCCUGAGCCGCUGCUCCCAGCUCAGGGUCCUCACCAUGUGCGGAAACCUCUUCUCCAUGGCUGUCCUGGAGAGUCUCCUGCGUCAUACUGACAGGCUCCCUGAUUUAAAUCUAGAGCUUUAUCCAGCCCCUCGGGAGAGUUAUAACUCUCUGGGUGUCCUUCACUUGGAGAGACUUGCUCAGAUAAAGGCUGAGCUGAGGGUGAUCCUUACAAACUUAGAACGUCCCAGGAAGAUUUGGGUCUUCCUUGCUGCGGGCUUUCUCCUGCUGUGGUGCACAUGGCUGCUCUUCAUCGCAGUGCUCCGGCUUCUCCUUGUGGUGGCGGCUCUCGUUUAUGGGCUCAGUGGCAGCGGUCCACCCUCACCUGAGCGUCUGGUCCAGGCAGGUUCAGACAAGGAGGGAGAGUCCAGACAGAGAGACUGGAGAUGGUGCCGCUUAGAAACUGAGGGGGAAAUUGGACAACUUCCUGCUGCUGCUCCUCACGGGCAGACCAUGAAUGUGGGAGAGAUGGGGUCUCUGCACGUUGCUCGUCUGACCGAGGAGAGGAGCAAACGUGGCCAGGAUGGACAGAUGCCAGAUCCAGGUGACUUGCACCUGCUGGAUACAAUCCAGCUGCACCAUAUUCAGGACCUUCGUGAUACUGUCCAGGGUCAUUGCAGAGACGUCAGCUUCUUACAGUACAGGUGUGAGCAGGCUUUUCUCUAA